AUGCUGGAAAAACCUUUGAAAGACCUAACGGUUAUUGAGCUUUCAGCCCAAGCUCCGGGUCCUCUUUGCGGCCAGAUUCUUGCUGAUUAUGGUGCAAGAGUUAUUAGGGUUGAUCGUGUAACGUCGACUAGUAAUCCUGAUCGACUUACACGUGGUAAAGAGUCUAUCGCACUAAAUCUUCGACACAAAUCCGGGAAGAAAGUACUGCGUAGGAUUUUGGAGUCUGAUAAGGUUGACAUUCUUAUUGAUCCUUACAGACCAGGUGUCUUGGAGCGGUUCGAAGUGUUACCUCAGCACAGACCUGCAGGUAAAAAGCCAUUAAUUGUUGUUCGGCUGACUGGCUAUGGCCAGACUGGGAAGCUAUCCAAGAUGCCUGGGCAUGACAUUAAUUUUCUAGCAGAAUCAGGUGUGCUUGGAAUCAUUGGUCCACCAAAUGAAGCGCCCACGAUUCCUGCAAACAUUUUGGGCGUCUUUGGUGCGCUAGCUCUACCAGCUUUUGCAUCAAUCAUGACCACCCUUUAUGCUCUUUCAAAAGACAAAGGCGAAAGCAAAAAACCCUACAUUAUUGUGGACGUUAAUGUGGUUCACUCUUUAAGAUACCUUACCCAAUAUGCAUCCUAUUUAAAAUACGGAUCAUACCCAAAAAACCCGGAGCCAGAGUUUAAAAACACAUGGGAUGCAUCUCGUGGCAUGAAUGUGCUGGAAGGUUAUGUUUGUCCCUACUAUACAAUAUAUUCAACCAAGGAUGAUGGAGAGUAUGUUUCAAUAGGUGCAAUGGAAGAACAGUUUUACCAGCAAUUCUUAGAGCUUCUUUAUGGCAAAAAUGUGCCAAAACUGCCGGAUAGAGAUGAUUCUAAUAACUGGUCAGCACUUCGAAAUAUUUUCGCCCAAGAGUUCAAAAAGCAUGGAAUAGAAUACUGGAAAAAGAAGGCCGACGAGUACCCAAACAGUUGUGCAGUACCUGUUCGACGUUUGGCUACACCCGAUGAGGUUCCCCAACAACUUGUUCAGCUAGAUUCGGAUAAGCAGAAGGGGAGUGUUCGUGGGGGCUAUCCAUUGGUUCCCGGAAAAAAUACCACUGAAGUUUUAGAUGAAUUCCUGGGCAUUUCGUGGAGGACCGAGUACGGAGAAGAAUUUGCAAGGCAGUCCAAGCCCAAGAUUUAA